AGGAACGUACAGCAUGUGGGCGACCCCGGGCCCCUUGUCCGGCUGCCCUGACACCUGCCACAGCCCGGAUCCCCCUUCCUCUGCCAGGAUGCUGCUCCCUCUGCUGCUCCUCCCCUGGGCAUGGGGGGCCCUGGCCGCCUCCCCUCAUCUCCCCCCAGCAUCUCUCACCCUCCGGGUGCUUAAAACCACCGUCUUCAACAACGCCAGCUCCACGGACAUGCAGGGGAUGGCCCUGCUGGGCGACCUGGAGACCCACUCCAUGGACUGCAGCACCUGCGAGAUCCGCUUCCUGCAGCCCUGGGCCCAUCAGGGCCUGACCCCGAAGCAGUGGCAGGACCUGGAGCUGCUGAUCCAUCGCUACCUGUCUGACUUCUUCCAUCUGGUGAACAAAGUGGUUAAGGAUCAAGGAGAGGGCUACCCCUUUGUUACCCAGGUCUCCUUUAGCUGCAAGCUCCACCCCAACGGCACCUUGAUAAGCUUCUGUGACGCUGCGGUGAACGGCGAAGACUUCAUCAGCUUCAACGUGGACACAGGCAAAUGGGUCAGUCGGCACAGGGAUAAGCUGGGGAGCUACGUCCAGGAUCUUGUCAACCGGGAUAAGAGCAUUUCCACCCUGUUUCCGUUCCUCCAUAGAACAAUGUGUGUCUAUGGGAUCGAUACCUUUGCCCAGUACGGGAGAGAGUCUCUGGAGAGGCAAGAGCGGCCGGUCGCCGUGGUGUUUGCCCGAGCGCCUCCCCCAGCCGGGACCCCCGUGCCAGUACUGCUGGUUUGCCGGGUCACCGGUUUCUACCCCCGGCCCAUCCGUGUGGCCUGGCUGCAGGACGGGGAGGAGGUGGGGCCGGGCGGGCGGCUGAACUCCAGCGGGAUCCUGCCCAACGCGGACCUGACCUACCAGCUGCGCAGCUCCCUGGCCGUGGGACCGGGCUCCGGGCACAGCUACGCCUGCCGGGUGCAGCACAGCAGCCUGGGGGGCCGGAGCCUGCUGAUCCCCUGGGAGCAGAGCAGGCCCUGGGGCCCCGGCCUGGCUGUGGGCAUCACCCUGGGGGUUGUGGCCGUAGCCACCGUGGCCGUGGUGCUGUGGCGGAGCAGACGCAGGGGCUACCAGGACAUUAGACCAGGGGAGUCCAGGCCCUGAGGGGAUGGCACCGGCCCAGGCGUGGGGAUCAGCCCCUCUCCUGGGGACAUGGACCAUGAUUGUUUUCUCCUGCAUUGCAAUUUGAUGUUCCUAUUCAAAUGCUCUGUGUAAAUCAAUCCUGUUCUGUGUGUGAAUAAGGAAUGUGUGAGUUAGAAGAUAAGUGGAUAAAGGAUAAGAUAAAGGAUGAGAAAAACAAUUUAAGAAAAGAAGCACUUGUCAAAGGACAGUUCAGCAUGAGGGUGCAGAACUCGUUGGUCCCAAUGAAGUAAGAUCACUAUAUAAACAGGGGGCUUUGCCAUGAAACUUUGGGUUUGUCCUGCCAAGACUUCCCCGGAGCAUUGUGUCACGACCGACAGAACCCGGCUCCUCCCUACCCAUAAUCAACCGAGCUGGCCACUAGAUUGAUCUGGACUGGUAACUAUGACAUCGACUGGCAGGACAGUAUGUGUGUGUGAUUGAACGCAUAUGCUAAUUGUUGUAUUUCCAAUAAACGUGGCGUGUUGCC